UGCACGUCUGAGCACGAGCUCAGAUGGUAACCAAUCAGGAGCGGCCACCGUGUGUUUGGAAACAACCUUCCUCCUCCUCCUCCUCCUCGCACCACAGCCAGCCAGCUACUGACUCCAGCCAGCAGAGAGGCGCCUCCACAUCCAGCCGAGCCCUAAAGUGUCUCUUUCGACGACACUAUUUGCGUGUUUUCCUUCUAUCUGCUGAUAAAGUGUGACCAGAGGACUCUUGUUGUUUUUGACGACAGUAGCUGUAGAGAGUAAACAGCAGCAGCAUAAACACGAGACAACAACAAGGGACGUGUCAGUGAAACAGUAAAAUGGAUGAAGGAGAGUCUCCACUAAACACCAUCAGUCUUCUCAUAAAGACGCCCAACCAGGUUCGGGAGGACCAACACGUCGAGGGCGUCGACCUGAACUGGACUAUAAGGGACCUAAAGACGCAUUUGUCGACUUUUUACUCAACUAGACCGGCUGUGAGUGACCAGAGACUGAUCUAUGCUGGUAAACUGCUGCCCGAUCAUCUGCACAUUAAAGAUCUCUUCAGACAGACUGACAUCAUUCCCACACUGCACCUGGUGUGUGCUUUUAGGAAUCCACCCCAUGAACUCCUGGGAGCUAGACCUAAGACCAAACAGACAGAGCAGCCACGUCCCUCCAGUCCGAUGCCCUCGGCAGCCUCUGCUUCACCCAGUCCCAGCAGCCCCCCCACCACAGUCCAGACUCCGAGCACACCGACGCUGAGGCAGAGGAGGCAUACCUCUUCAACUACAGCUGCUGCUGCUGCUGCUCCAUCUCACACACAUAGCCCAGCUUCUCCACCUGGAGCUCCUUCAUGGCCUGCUGCUGCACUGCCUGGAGCACCACAGAUGACCCAACCAACCUUUCCCACCUACUCUCUGUACAGCCCUCAACAGCUAUUGUGGCUUCAGCAUGUCUACGCUAGGCAGUAUUACAUGCAAUACCAUGCAGCGUUGGCCGCAGCAGGCACUGUCCCCUCUGCACCAGCUACAACCAUUGGCCAGUACCCUCCUGUUCCCGCCCACCAAGUACCCGUCCCAGACCCCUUAGCCAAUCAGAACCCCAUCAACAACCUGCCAGCGAAUCAGAAUCCAGUGCAGGACGCCGCUUUCAUCAACCCCGGGGAGGCCAACCAGAACAUGCGGAUGAACGCGCAGGGCGGGCCCGUAAUGGAGGACGAGGAGGACAUGGAGCGCGAUUGGCUGGACUGGUUGUACUCCGCCGCGAGAUUCGGCGUCCUGCUCGUGAUCGUGUACUUCAACUCCAACCUGACUCGCUUUCUGCUGGUGAUGAGCACCCUCCUCCUCAUGUACCUACAUACUGUUGGUUGGUUUCCCUUCAGAAGGCGAGCGCAGGUCCAAGGACCCAACCCUCAGCAGCAGCCUCCUGAGGUCCAGCACAACCAGCAGAACGAGAACAGAAACCCAAAUCCAGUUGACGAGAUCGCUGACAGACAAAGGGAGGAAGCUGCUCCUGCUGCUGCUGCAGCGGAAGGACCGGACGGACAAGGACCAAUGACGGCAGUUUUAGUGCCUCCUCACAGGGUGUCAGCCGUGUGGACGGCCUGGGUUUUCUUCAAAACUUUCUUCUCCUCUCUCAUACCUGAGGCUCCUCAGGGUAUGGCCAACUGACCACCGGCAGACGAUCGAUAAAGACAGCAGACAUUUUUUAUUUUUAUUUUUCAGUGGGGACCAAUAAUCUCUGGAGAUGAGAGGAAAAGGGAAGAUGUCUCAAGCUGUCGACUCAAGAAUAAAUAGAAACAAGGGCAUUGUACGUGUGCAUAUCAACAAUGACUGGCACCUCCAUAUUGACAGUAGAACUCCUGUGUGACAUUGGUCUUCCUUCUGAGUGUGAAACACAAAAGUUAAAACACCAGCAAAAAUAAAGCAAUGCCAGACCCCUUGAAUUUCCAAAAAUGUGGAAAGGAAACGAAGCACUAGAAACAUCAGACGACAUUCUAACAAUAAUGCAUUGUUCAAUGGGAUCCCAGCUUUCCAUCUGACCAAACAUCUGUCUACUGAUUGUGGGUUUUUAACACCCCCCCAAGGUUUUUCACUGUGUGACAAGGCCUUGUAGAAUCAGUACAGCUACCUGGAUGGUUCCUUAUCCAUGAAACAACAGUAGGUGGCAGCUGAGGGUAAAAAAAUAAACCUUUCAGCUGACACUGUUGGACUAUCGCACCUACAUGUUUCUUACCGUGAGGAGGUUUAUAUACAUGGGAUUUCUGAUCCUCUGUGAUUCUAAAUCAGCGUGUCUUGAGUUUUCAUAAUGAAGAAUGUGAUCCGGAUCAAUACUCUCACACUAAUAAUGAUUAUAUGAGCCAUGUUCCGUUGAAGUGAAAAUCACGCACAGACAGAACUCAGUGCUGUAUCUUAUGGCUCUUUGAAUCUAAAUUCAUUUUUUUUCCAGGAGCAGAUUUAUUUUGGUCUUUACAAACCGUCCAUGCAUGGAGCCUAGGUUUGAUUCCAGCUGUAAAAGUAGGUCAGAUUUAGUUUUUACUUGUUUGACCGACUGAAAGCCUGAAAGGAUUUGAGCUGAAUUGAUAGCAUUACAAUAUUUGACUUUGACAAAAAUCUAUCUGAAUUUAUGGAUCGUUUGUGAUGGUGUUCCGUGUUUUUUUAAAUCCCCCUUUUAAGUAGGUUAUUUGAAGAUGGGCAAAACAAAAGCUUUCAAGUUUUUUGGUUUGUCUCUUAAAAUCCUCAAAAUAUUCAAAAUAACUAUAUACAAGGUACACAAAUUCAGUAGGUUCCUCUUCGAUAUAAAAACAAAAUAAAGUCAGAAAAUAACUUAGCUCAGAUUUAUCAGAAAAUACAAGAUGAGAUUCACAUUAUUUUGGCAUUUAUUUGCUUCCAUACAGUCACUGUAGUGAACAUUAACAGCCUCAAUGUCAGCAGAAACUGACCUUGACUGGAACUUAAAGGUAUAAUGUGCAAAAAUUAACUAAAAAAACAAUGUAUAGACUGAUGCAAAAAGAAUCCCUCUCAAUCAUCACUGAUGCCCCACUAGCAGUGUGUGCUGGUGUCUGUUUCUGCAGAGAACCUGCAGCCCUCUGCCUGGAUUUUUCUUCUUAUGUUGCUUUACGUGGGACGCUGCUGGGCUUCAGCCAACAGCCUUUGGGCCCCACGUGGGGGCGAAACCCCCAGCAGAUAACAGCACACAGGCUGUGCAGCCUGUUCAGGUGGUCAAAUACCGCCGCUGUGUCACCCCCCCUCGGCUUCUGAUACCGAGACACAAGUCUCCACAUACAAAGCGGCCGUAUUUGACGGAUGAUAAUGGGUUGUGUUGUGUUCAUGGGAUCCCCCCCCCUCCUCCUCUCUCUGCUGUGAGUCAAGCUAUGAUCAGUAUGUGUCUGUAGUUUGAUGAGAGCAGCACUGAGCCACAGGAUGCCUGCAUUCAUUAAAAAUCCAUCAACUCGGCACCUUCCCACAGGGUUGUGCGGAGUUAGUUUUGUGUUUUAGAACGUUACCGCCGUGAAACAAUCAGAAAAUAACAUUUUAUUGCUCUGAUUCACUGCUUUGUUCUCACUAACGCCGCUCCCUCUCUUCAUUCACCCUAUAGCUCGCUCCACCAUCAUCGCUCUCUCUCUCUCUCUCCCUCUCGGCUCGUUGAGCUGAGGGGGGGGGGGGGCAACUUUGAACGCGGUGUGUUUACAAACAAGAACCCACAACGGUUCCAUAUUAUACCUUUUUAAAGAUGCUAAAUUCAAUAUCCAGAGCAUUUAUAUAGAGUAAUGUCUCCCUGAGCAGAGAAUGAAGUCGCUCUCCCUCUGCAUGUGUUGGAAUCAGAGCUGCUCUGUACUUUGUUGACAUCGCCGGGCCGGCCGUGCGUGCCUUUCAGUGCAAGUUAGUUAGUUAGUUAGGCAAUAGAUGUACCGUGAAUUCCAUAUAGAGAACCUUAAAAGUUCGCAAUCAAAACUGGACCAAGAAGUCAUGAACAGAAGUUCUGAUUGACAACAUUGAAAAUAACAUUGUAUGACUUUUUCUUUACCAGUUCUGUUUUGGGUGGAUUUUCUCAUUGUGUGGUUGGAUGAUGGUGAUUGUGACCAAAUGCAAAUUAGAAUGCUUCUCUGCCAAAUCGGUGGGUACAUUUUCUGUAAAAUAAUGAUGUUGCCAUAGUUAAAAAAAAAAAAAAGUUUUGUAAAUAUAUUAUACAUCCACAAGGCACUUUACAACAUGUAUCUUAUGCAAGCUUCUUUACAUAUGGAGGGUGAUCUUUUUUAUUCUUCAUGGGAAGAUUUCUAAUAUUUAAAUAUAUAUAAUGCCUAGAUGACUCAGAGCUGUUUUUCUGCUUGUUUUCAGAGAUGGGACGAAGUUUAAAUUCAAGUAUAUCAA